CACUCAUUUUACUUAGUAAUUAUAAAUGCAGUGAAGCUUCACUUUGCAAAGAAUACCCAAUCAGGUACAAGGAAAAUCAGUAGGGCUAUACCACAUUUACGAAGGAAAAUGAGUGCAACUGCACAUGCAAAGUGCACAGUCUUUGCCCUUAGUAAAAUCAACCCCAUAGCAGGGGCGGACUGACCAUUUGGAAACUCGGGCACUGCCCGAGGGCCCGGGGUCAGUAGGGGGCCCCAUGAGAUGCCGCUGGUCCCUUUUUCAUAGGCUUUUUUGAGUUUGGGCAAGGACACAGGGGCCCCAUGAUCCCCUAUUGGCCGGGGGCCCCAUGA